AGUUUUUCAGAAACUUUCUAAAAUGACCGAUAUUACAGUUGGUAUUACAGUUGGUAUUAUCGUUGGUAUUUGGUUGGUAGGAAAGCUCCCGUGGCACUGUUUAGGUGCCACUAUCCCCAUCCGCCACAAGGGAAGUUCGCGCGAUAUCGCGCCAAAGACACAUCAGAAAAAUCUGGUAUUGCCAACUUUUCUCAAUAUGCCUUUAAAUAUCGCUAAUCUAGUUUUGGAAAAGAUGGAGCUCAAGGAUCUACUAAAAGCGAGAAAAGUCUGUCGCAGUUUGAGAACCGCCGUCGAUAAGUUUGGAUUACGCUUUGAUCAAAUCAACUUGUUCUUGGGGAGAGAUAACGUCGAAAUAUGUAUGAGAGGAACUACAAUCAGAUAUACUACUGCUGCAAAUGGUAAUUCGAAUGUGACUCACAAUGGACAGAAAACGAUAAUUGCUGAAGAAAACUUUGUUGAAAGAGCGGCCAAGGAUUUUAAGAUAUUAUCGAAGCACGCACGGAAAAUUGACAUUCGGAACUUUACGGAAAAUAGACGCGACAUUAUUAAAACUUUCAAUGAGAUUUGGAAUACUGAAAAAUGUAUUCUCGUAAAGGAAAUAAGACUUCGGCACUUCUCAUUUGAUGAGGUUCUUACAAAUCUUCCAUGGUUUAAUGCUAAAAAGCUCAAAACUAUUGAAUUAAAUUGGAUGAAGUCAAUAGACCGUUUUGAACGUAUAACCCAAUUGGAGCAAUGGAAAAAUGCAGAAGUAGUUAAAAUUGGUUCUAAGAUUGCCAGUAUAAUGAUUGUUCAUUUUUUUCAUUUCAAAUGCUUCACUAUUAACCAUAUUGACGAAUUUCCAGCACAGGCUGCAAUACAAAUGAGAGAUGAUCUUUUAAGAAGAAGUACAUUCCAAAGUUGCUAUAUAAUUUUUUACAAAUCAAAGACAAAUCCGAUUGAAAUUGCAAAAGUAUUCAAACCGGACUACACUGGCGAAAACGUAUUUAAUAUCGAAUAUUCAAAUGGUAACGACAAAUUCGAUAUUUCGCUUCAAGAGUUUUCAUACUAUUUUCUUUUGAAUAUGAACAGAUCCCUUUCAGUUUGAUUGUAAGUUUAAAAAAAUCUUUUUGUCCGAGAUUUUUGUAUUUUUUUAUCUUAAUUUUCGUUCAUUUAUUAUUGAAAAAAAAAAUGCAUUCUAUUCACACAGGAGUAAAAUUAGUCGCAUCAUUUGAAAGUGUAAGAAAU